UGCCCGUCCAUGAUCUUUCAUUUUUUUCCAUUCGGAAGUCCUAAGCUUAUUCAUACUCGUACGAUGACGGCGAAAACGGAGAAUCCUAGUAUUGCUACAUAUGGCGUUGCGUAUGCUCAUUUGUUAUUUUCCGAAGAAGGCGACGUAUAGUUCGGCAGGUUGUACCUUUCGGUGGCAACGCUGAUGCGAUUUGGAUGCGACCAAAGCCAGUAGUAGUAUGGUUUGAAGACAACCCCUCUUCUCGCAUAAAAUAGGGGCCUGGCGUGAUCGCCUCAAGAGGGUCCGUCCAACUUGUCCAACGCAGAGCUCGCCACUGCUGACCAAGAUUCCAGGUGCCAUUGUGUCCACUCAAGUCCAUCAAUGACGUCUCGCCCAACCGUGGUGCUCAUCCCGAGCUGGGGAUCCGGCCACUUCAUGUCCGCGCUCGAAGCCGGCAAGAGGCUUCUCGCCACCGGCCGGGGCGCCUUCACGCUGACCGUGCUCGUCAUGCACGCGCCAUCGGAAGCAAUGGCGUCGGAGGUCCAGGGCCACGUGCGCCGGGAGGCAGCUUCCGGCCUCGACAUCCGCUUCCUCCAGCUCCCCGCCGUCGAGCACCCCACCGGCUGCGUGGACCCUGUUGAAUUCGCGUCCCGGUACGUCCAGCUCCACGCGCCCCACGUCAAGGCGGCCAUCGCGGGCCUGGGGCCGUCGUCCCGGGUGGCCGCGGUCGUCGUCGACCUCUUCUUAACUGCCCUAUUCGACGUUCUCCACGAGCUCGCCGUGCCCGCGUACGUGUACUUUUCCUCCCCCGCCGCGUUCCUGGCGCUCAUGCUGCGCCUGCCGGCGCUCCGCGAGGAUCUGACGGGUGCCGGGUUUGAGGCGAUGGAGAGCACGGUGGACGUGCCCGGGCUGCCGCCGGUGCCGCCGUCUUACAUGCCGGCAUGCCUUGUGAAGGCGAAGAUCCAGAGCUACGACUGGUUCGAGUACCACGGCCGCCGCUUCAUGGAAGCCAGGGGCGUCAUCGUGAACACCUCCGUCGAGCUCGAGGGCUCGAUUCUCGCGGCGAUCGCGGACGGCCGCUGCGUCCCCGGACACCCUGCUCCGGCUCUCCACGCGAUCGGCCCGGUGAUCUGGUUCGGCUCGACGGACGACGAGCAGCCCCACGAGUGCGUGCGGUGGCUCGACGCGCAGCCGCCGGCUUCGGUGGUUUUCCUCUGCUUCGGGAGCAUGGGGUCCCUCGACGCGGCACAGGUGAGGGAGGUAGCCGUCGGCCUGGAGCGCAGCGGCCACCGCUUUCUGUGGGUGCUACGAGGCCCGCCCGUUGCCGGCACGCGGCUCCCGACGGACGCGAACCUGGACGAGGUGCUCCCGGAGGGGUUCCUGGAGGCGACCACGGGGAGGGGGCUGGUGUGGCCGGCGUGGGCGCCGCAGAGGGAGAUCCUGUCCCACGCCGCCGUGGGUGGAUUCGUGACGCACUGCGGGUGGAACUCCAUCCUGGAGAGCCUGUGGUCGGGCGUGCCGAUGAUCCCGUGGCCGCUGUACGGGGAGCAGCACCUGAACGCGUUCGAGCUCGUGGCCGGCGUGGGCGCGGCGGUCGCGCUGGAGAUGGACCGGAGGAAGGGAUUCUUCGUGGAGGCGGGCGAGCUGGAGCGAGCGGUGCGGAGCCUGAUGGGCGGCGCGUCGGAGGAGGGGAGGAAGGCGAGGAGGACGGCCGCGGAGACGAGCGCCGCGUGCAGGGAGGCCGUCGGCGAGGGCGGCUCGUCGUGCGCCGCGCUGCAGAGGCUCGUGGGCGAGAUUUUGGUUUUGCCGACGGAGGGAGACGAUUCCAGCUAGCUAUGCAGCAAGUGCCGUGGUGCGCAGUGUAUCCACAAAAAUGCUACACGUACAGGCUCAUUCUACAGGUUUUUACAGGUUAAGGACCAUUCGCUCUUCUAAUUGGCCCCCCCUGAUUUUCACCGGUGGGCCCGUGCAUCUUAAUCAAUCCUCGGCCAAUCACUAUUAAGCAACCUGUAAACCUCCUGUAAAACUCCGUACGUCUAGCAAAGCUCGUGUAUCCA